AUGCUUAAGGAACUGAAAAAUCUUAUCCAGAAAGGUUCAGGAUGGAAAUUUUUAGAAGUGACCAAGAUUGAGCUGCACACUGUCAAAUAUCAACCACUUUCAGGAUCCUCCUAUAUUCCUUUACCCAAACAGAUUCAAAGGAAAAAAGCGGUGAUCAAUGUACAAAAUACUGAUCAGCUUUGCUUCAGAUACUCUGUUGAAGCCGCCUUGUUAAAUAUUCCAAAGAACACAGAACGUGUAGCAAAUUACAACCGACCUGAAUUCGAUCACAUGUUCAAAGGUCUUGACUAUCCAGUUACUCUCAAAGAUAUUGACAAAUUUGAGAAGAACAAUCCUGGCCUUGGAGUCAAUGUGUUUACAUUUAUCCCUAGACAGGUGGUCUUCAAAAAGGGUGAAGAAACUACCAUUUACCCAGCUAGAGUCUCUGAAAGAAUUCUAGCGGAAGACAAGUACAUCAAUCUCCUACAUUACAAAGAAGAUGAUACAUCAGAAAAUGAGAGCAUGGAAGCUGUCAAAGACAAUGCUAAUUACCAUUAUGCGUGGAUCAAAAAUUUCUCAAGGCUUGUAUCUGCCUCACAUUCAAAACAUGAUGGCAGGUCAAAGUUAAUGCAGUCUUCACUAGCAAAUCUAGCUAAGAAUUUGCCUAAUCAGCAAAUGAAAAAUUUAGCUACAAAAUUUAAUGGUGAACACUUUGACCUCGUAACAAGAAAAGGUGUUGAUCCGUAUGAAUGGGUUGACUCACACGAAAAAUUUCAGAGUCAACAGUUACCAUCCAUUGAAGAAUUUUAUUCCACCUUUAACAACACCAAAAUUUCCCAAGAGGAGUACCUACAUGCCCAACAUGUGUGGGAUAAGUUCAACUGUCAAACCUUCCAAGAAUAUCACAAGUUAUACCUUGAAACCGAUGUUCUACUCCUAGCUGACAUUAUUGAAAACUUUAGACAGACCUGCAUGAACAUCUAUAAUUUAGACCCCGCAUUCUUCUUCACAUCUCCAGGUCUGUCAUGGCAAGCGAUGCUUAAAAUGACGAAGGUUGAAAUCGAACUCCUCACAGAUGUGGACAUGUACAAUUUCUUCGAAUUAGGUAUUCGUGGAGGAGUAUGUCAAGCAAGUCACAGAUAUGGCAAAGCAAAUAAUCCACUCCUGAAAGACUAUGAUGAAAAUCAACCUACAAGUUACAUCACCUAUGUUGAUGCUAACAACUUGUAUGGUGUCGCCAUGGGUCAAGAUUUACCAGUUAGAAAUUUCAAAUGGAUGUCUCAAACUGACUUUAAUAAAUGGCAAGACAUCCCGUGCACACUUGAGGUUGAUUUAGAAUAUCCUAAGCAUUUACACAAUUUGCACAAUGACUAUCCUCUUGCCCCUGAGCACAAAAAUGACAAGCUCAUUCCUAACCUGCAAGACAAGAAAAAUUAUAUUGUACAUCACAAGAUCUUGAAGUUCUAUUUGUGUCAAGGUCUCAAACUGACAAAGAUCCACAGAGGUGUAAGUUACGAAGAGUCUAGCUUCUUGAAAGAAUACAUUGACUUCAACACAAGUCAACGCGCAAAUGCCAAAAAUGACUUCGAAAAAGACUUCUUCAAAUUGAUGAACAAUGCGAUAUUUGGCAAAACUAUGGAAUCAGUCAGACGUAGAAAAGACAUUACUUUAGCUACAACUGCUGAUCAGCUUCGAAAAUUAGUCAAUAGUAACAACUACACAUCGCACAAAAUCUUCUGCAAAGAUGUAGUCAUGGUAGAACGUCAAAAAGCAGAGGUCUAUCUCAAUAAGCCAAUAUUUAUGGGACAGGCCAUUUUAGACCUCUCUAAAGAGCAUAUGUAUGACUUCCACUACAGUCACAUGAUGAAAAAGUAUGGACACAAAGCACAACUGCUGUACACUGACACUGACUCACUAGUCUAUAACAUACAGACUGAUGAUAUCUACAAAGACAUGCAGAAAGAUGCUCACUUGUAUGACUUCUCUAAUUUUCCAAAAGAUCAUGAGUUGUUUUCAGAUGUCAAUUAG